UCACACAUCAUAGUAGAAGGUACAUUUUUAAUCUAUUGUUACUCAUUUUCUUAAGUAUAUUGUGUUAAUUUUUCACCAUAUAUGGUUGUAGCUAAACACGCAAGGAAGUCGAAUGGUUCUUUUAGAAAGAAGGGAAAGCUGGCAAUUACGAUAACAUCUAUUUUAGUGUUCUUUCUUGUGAUCUCUAUAGCAUAUUGGUCCGUAAAGAAGAAGAGAAAAGCCACAAAAAAUUUCUCUGAUUCGAACAGGCUUGGAGAAGGCGGAUUCGGCCCCGUUUAUAAGGGAGUGCUUUCUACUGGAACAGAAAUAGCUGUGAAAAGACUUAGCAAAAAUUCUGGCCAGGGAAAUGAAGAGUUCAAGAAUGAAGUUGUGCUGAUUGCAAAACUUCAACACAGGAACCUUGUGAGAAUCUUAGGCUAUUGCGUUCAAGAUGAAGAGAAGAUGCUAAUCUAUGAAUACCUGCCCAACAAAAGCCUGGACUCGUUCAUAUUCAAUGAAAUGAAAAGGACAUCUCUGGAUUGGAAAAGACGCUUGGAGAUUAUCUUUGGCAUUGCUAGAGGGAUCUUGUAUCUUCAUCAAGAUUCGAGAUUAAGAAUUAUCCACAGAGACCUAAAGGCCAGCAAUAUUCUACUGGAUUAUGAUAUGAACCCCAAACUUGCAGAUUUUGGUAUGGCUAGAAUAUUCAGAGCAAACCAAAUUGAAGCAAAUACAAAUCGCGUGGUUGGAACAUAUGGUUACAUGUCACCGGAGUAUGCAAUGGAAGGACUAUUUUCAGUGAAGUCUGAUGUCUACAGUUUCGGUGUUUUGCUGCUAGAAAUCGUUACUGGUAGAAAGAACACCGGUUACUACUAUGAUAAUCCUGACUCAAAUUUGGUUGGACAUGUUUGGGACUUGUGGAAAGAAGGCCGAGCCUUGGAAAUCGUCGACCCAUCUUUGGGAGAAUCCUACCCCAUAAGUGAAGUUCUACGGUGCAUUCAAAUCGCACUCCUGUGCGUGCAAGAGUACGCAAAUGACCGGCCAACCAUGUCAAAAGUUGUGUCUGUGUUAGGCAACGAUGCAGCUCUUCCUUCACCAAGAAAACCUGGAUUUCUCUUCAGAAGUAACUAUACCAAUGGAGACCCCAGUACUAGUACUGCAGAGGCUAAUUCCAUAAAUUAUGUUACAUGCAGUAUAGUUGAAGCUCGCUAAAGACUGAGGCUCCCUCUAAAACCUAGCUUGUGUGUUAAGCAAAGGUUUUAGUAUUAAUUUUUUAUUACAAUAAAAAUGAUUACCUUAUAAA